AAAUUUUGUUGGAAGAAUCACAACAAAAUUACAAUAGAGAGCUUGCAGCUCAUGCUGCUGCUGUAAAAUCUUUGAACGAUUUACAGAAUCAACAUAAAGAAUUGCAGGAAGAAUUUAAUCAAUUAAAGGAAAAAUCCCAACAGGCAGAAUCCUUGUGGGAUAAUGUACGAACUCGAUUGGAAAAAGAAUUAGCAGACUCUCAACAAAUGUGCAAUGAUCUUGGAAACGAUAACAAAGUUCUUCGUAAUUAUUUCAAUAAUAUGACCACUGAUAAGGCUUCGCAGUAUCACGUGAUAUCUCUGUUACGAAGUGAUCAACAAAAGGUAGAAGCAGAAAAAGAAUAUUACGCAAAACAGGCCGAAAGGUAUAAGGCGCAAUUAGAACAAACUCAAAAGAAUUAUGAUGAAAUUCAAGCAUUACUCCUUAAGGAACGAGCGGAUAAGUCUUCUCCUGAUAAGCAACUUAGAAACGAACUUCUAGAGGCACAAAAAUUAUCAAAAAUUCUUGAUGAAAGUAAUCAGACUCUACGAAGUGAAAAGGAAAACUUAGAUAAGAAGAUGUUAGAAUUGGAGUCUUCAUUAAAAGGAUCCGAAGAGAAAAAUAAUUCUCUUGAAGAAGAACGUGACACAUUAAAGACUGAAGUUGAAUCCCUGACACAAGACCUUAAUAAAGCCAAAAGUGCAUACGAAAAUACUAUCAAGACUACUAAAGCUCAGUACGAAAAUUUGAAAGCACAAGCAAUAAAGCUCAAAAACGAAAAAGAUGGUAUCAAGAUAAAGGCCGAACAAUUAGAGAAAGAUAGUGUACAAUUGAAACAGGAGAAUACGAAUUCGAAGCAGGAAAUUACAAAAUUAAAGGAAUUAAAUGAAGCACAGAAGAAAAAAAUCCACGGGCAUAUGCAGAAUAUACAACGAAAAGCUGCAAGCCAGGUUCAUGCAUGUCAGAAAGAAAUUGAAGAAUUAAAGAAGGAAAAUGAAGAAUUGAAAAAACAAAUUGAAGAGUUGAAGAACCAAGCCGAAGAAUUGAAGAAACAAACCGAUGAAAAUACUAAGCAAUUUGAAGAAGAUCGUGCAGAAUGCUUGAGAGUAAAGGCUCAAGAAUCUCUUUAUACGAGUAGGUUGAAAAGAAUGGAGGCCGAAAAUUCUGAUUUGAAACAAAAAGUUCAAUCUUUAUCUGAAAGUUCAUCAAAAGCAGAAAGUUCUAAUCAAUCAACAGCCGAACCUACUGCAAAAGACACGGUAGCAAUGACGGAAGAUUUUUUGCAAUCGUUAACAUUAUUGCCUAUAGCACCUCCUUCACCUUCAAUUUCAGUUACUCCCAAUUUACCUACAACUCCAACUGCUGUAAUAAAAUUAGAUUUAAAUACAACAAAUGCUUCACCAAAAAGCCCUCUCCAAGCUACGCAAGAAUUACCUAUCGACAAACAGGAUGAUGUUUCACAAUCACCAAGUGUUCCGCCAAUUAUUCAACAAACCAAUAUUCCACCAAACAAUGUUCAAUCUGCCACUACUAGCGGUGUUGAUAGUCCAAACACUACCACCACUUCGAUGCAAAAUGUACCAAGGGAGAAACCUCCUGUUAAAAUACAACGACAUCGUGGACCGACGGUCAUUCCAGGUUCGCCUCGUGUGGGCCCGGCUCAAAUAACAUCUCCUACACCUACUAUCGAGGAACAAUCAUCAACCCAGCCACAAACUGUGCCAGAUACAGAAAAAGUUGUUCAAAUAUCUGAAAUACCGGAAACAGAUGUAGCUGUUCAACCAGUUCAACAAGCAUCUAGCGAACUAGUUUCACCUCGACCUGCUGAUACUGAACCACAAACUUCCGAAGUGACAGAAGAAGCUUCACCUGAAGUUUCGACUGGACAUAAGCGUUCUCGGAAUGAGGUUGAAGAAGAACAGCUUUCUACUACAGCUACGCAAGACGAAGUCGUUAAUACUGCAACAAUUCCCUCAAACGUUGCAGAAGAUGGAAAUGAGGGAGAGAAUGUUAAUACCGUUAUUCCAGUUAUAAUUGAAGAUGUUGAUGGAAAUCCGGCAACAAAAAAGAUGAAACUUGAAGAUGAUUGA